AUGGCACACGACAAAGGCGUUUGUGAUUUACAUACUUAUCAUUGGAAGAAUGGUGAAAUCAUAUUGGAUGGUGAUUUGCUUGCAGGAGUGGACCUAGAUGAACUGUGGGAUGAUACAUAUAUUCCACGCGUAAAUGAAUACAAACGAAGCGAUGAGAAUCUUCGUAAUGAAAAGAUUGAUCAAGAUGAAAUUGAUGCUUUACUUGAAGAAGCGGAAGAAUUUAUUGAAAACUAUGAUGAUGAGCACACCACAAAUGUUGAAGAACAGACAGAAGACAGGAGUGUUGCAAGUAUCUAUGAACGAUUGAGACGGAGAAAUGAUGAUGAUGAAAAAUAUCAGAAUGAUGAAGAUUUAAAUGAAAAGAUUCAAGAAAUUGAAGAAGACAUACAAAAAGACAAGGAAGAUGUCGAAUCACUUAACGAUGAAGAACAAAUCGAGGAAACCCGUGAAACAUAUGAGGAAAAUGACGACUUAAUUGAUCGAAUUUAUGAACAAUACCUGUAUCCAAAGAAACCAAAAUGUAAUUCGGUAAAGAACAGGAGUGCAAUGAGAAAAAAGGAAAAAGUCAAGAAAUUGAAAGGUUAUUUGAAUGGAAUAAUUUCAAUGAAGGAAAAUUCAAGGAAAAGGAUUCCAAAAAAAGAGUCAAAAUACAAUCUACUAUUCCAACAGGUUGGAAGUGACAAGAAAACCGAAUAUGGAAGAGAUAAGGCAACUCUGAUUGCGCGAUUCAUGCAACAAAUCAAGGAUAAAGUUCAAAAUGAAGGAGUAUCGUUUAUCCAACAAUACUACCUAAAUAAGGGACUGAAAUUAUUCAAAGAUGAAGGCAAUAAGGCUGUGAUGAAAGAACUUGAUCAAUUGAUACAAAGAGAAUGUUGGGAACCAAUUCAUGUUGAAGACAUGACUGAUUUGGAAAAAAGAAGAGCCCAAGAUGCUAUGAUGUUAUUAGCAGAGAAAAACACUGGUGAAAUAAAAGGAAGAUGUGUAUAUAAAGGAGAUGGAACUCGAGAAUGGCUUUCUUGA